CGCGUCGCUUUUAUUUUUGCAGUGCAAAUACAUAACAUACAACCAGCAAAUCCCUACCAAGGUCCCGACUACACUUUUUCUGAAAACCAAAGUACCACACCAUGGCGGACACAGUCGAAGAGAGCAAGCAAUCCAUUUCUGGAGAGGGACAGGCUGAUGCCAAUGCUUCUCUAGGAGCAAAGGGCAGUGCGGAAUCAUCGAGUAAGAAAACCGAAAGGAAGACGCCGAAGAAGCUGGGCGGAAAGAAGCCUCAACAGCAGCCCACUCCUGACGCCACUCCUGCCCCUGAUAGCGAUGGCGAAGGGAACGCUGAGCAAGAGGACGCAGAAUCGAAGAAGCAAACCAACGGCGGCGACGCCGACGACUCGGACGAACCCCAACCAGAAAAGUCAAAGUCGCAAUCGAGGCGCCGCCAGUCCCGAGGCCGCGGACGACGAGGCGUGGAAUCUGGCGCCGAGUCUGAUGCCCGAUCAGAUGUCUCGCAAUCCGGAGGCCGUCGCAACCGCCAGCGCCAGAAGAAGGGCGGAAAGGGCAGUGGCCCGCUGGACGACAUUACCGAGAACGUGCCAGGAGGCGAGCUUGUCGGCGGAGCUGGCGACCUGGUCCAAAACACUGCUGGAAAAGCCGUUGGCUCCGUCGGCGACACAGCUGGCAAGGCUCUCGGUGGCCUGACUGGCGGCGGCAAAGACGAUGACGGCGGCAAAGAUGGCGGCGAGCAGCUUAGGUUGCGCCUGGAACUCAAUCUUGACAUUGAGAUUCAGCUCAAGGCCAAGAUUCACGGUGAUCUUACCCUUGGAUUGCUCAACUAAAAGAUCUUGGGCACGACGACAAAGACCUAAUGCACGGCACGUUAUUGACCUAUUAGUAAUUGGAACCAUUUGGAAGGCGUUUUAUGAACUGGGAGUUUUGCAUACAAACUGCCCCCCUUUGUUGAACUACUCGCAAAGUGCAUGCGAGUAGUGGCCUACAUAGGAAUUGCAAAUUACAUGUAUAUCCACACGUAUUUGGCUAGUUUAGUUAACUGGAGAUUUUGUUUGCAGCGGUAUACCAAAGUUGUUAGUGUCCGUGUAGUUAGGUAGAGACAGACAGACAAACAGAACAGACAGAGCUAUUGCAAUGUUGUUGUUUUUUUC